UACCUCUUAGAAAAACACGUAACCAUAUUUGGAAUGUCCUGUUUGAAGUAGCAUUAAUAUGUUUAACAGAAGGAAAGCAGAAUAAGAAUCAAGAAAUACCAUUCCAGAGAACAAUAUUCUUGCCAUAUCCAAGGCAAAAACACUUGAUUGGUUGGUUUGGUGUUUGUCCCUACCCUUCGAAGCUACAUUAUCGAUGACCAGUUAACCAUGACAAUGAUCAUCAUCAUGAUCAUGGUCAUCAUCAUGAUCCCUCCCUCCCAACACAAACAUAUAACCAUACAUUUGACGACAACAACAACAAGGAAUGUGUGUUUGUGUGUAGAGUGGUUUCAAUGGCAGUGCAGUAUGAGUGCUGUGAUGUGGAGUUUUCAAAACGCGUACUGAUAAUUGUGCUGCUCGUGAUGUUCGCUGGAUUGAUGUCAGGGCUCACUUUAGGCCUCAUGUCAUUGAGUCUCGUUGAUCUUGAGGUCCUUGCAAAGUCUGGAACCCCUCACGAUCGCAACAAUGCUGCAAGGAUAUUGCCUGUGGUCAGGAAUCAACAUUUGUUGCUUUGCACACUCCUAAUUUGCAAUGCGGUAGCCAUGGAGGCCCUUCCAGUUUUUCUGGAUAGUCUUGUUGUUUGGUGGGGUGCUAUACUGAUUUCAGUGACAUUAAUUCUUCUGUUCGGUGAGAUUAUACCCCAAUCAAUUUGUUCUCGGUAUGGUUUAGCAAUUGGUGCAACAGUGGCUCCAGCAGUUCGUGUUCUUGUAUGGAUAUGUUUUCCUGUUGCUUAUCCAAUUAGUAAGUUGCUGGACUUUUUGCUGGGGCAUCGACAUGAAGCCCUUUUCCACAGAGCUGAGCUGAAGACACUUGUAAAUCUGCAUGGCCAUGAGGCUGGAAAAGGUGGGGAACUGACACAUCAUGAAACAACGAUCAUUGCUGGAGCACUUGAACUCUCUGAGAAGAUAGCCAGUGAUGUCAUGACUCUCAUAACCGAAACAUUUUGUGUUGACAUUAAUUCAAAGCUUGAUAGGUAUCUGAUGAAUCUGAUAAUGGAGAAUGGGCAUAGCAGAGUCCCAGUCUAUUAUGAGCAGCCUACAAAUAUUAUUGGACUUAUCCUGGUCAAGAAUUUAUUGACAAUUGACCCAGAAGAUGAAGCACCAGUGAAAAGUGUGACCUUACGAAGAAUUCCAAGGGUUCCAGAAUCGAUGCCUCUGUAUGAUAUUUUGAAUGAGUUCCAAAUGGGUCAUAGCCACAUGGCUGUCGUUGUUAAAAACUGGGACAAGACUGAGCAACAACCUUCCAACAAUAGUGCCUACGUGAGAGAUGUGAAGGUGAAUAUUGACGGUGAUAAGCCUCCCCAAGAGAAUAGUCUAAGAGCUAAAUCGUCACACCAUAAAUGGAAAAGCUUUUCAAGCUCAAAUAAUUCGAAGAGGGAUAGUUCCCAGAGCAGAAAAUGGUCCAAAAAUAUGUACUGCGAUAUUUUGGAUAUAGAUGGAAAUUCACUUCAAAAGCUGCCGGAAAAAGAAGAAGCUGUUGGAAUAAUUACAAUGGAAGAUGUCAUCGAAGAGCUUUUACAGGAAGAGAUCUUUGAUGAGACGGAUCAUCAUUUUGAAGACUUCUGACAGUGAUCCUUCCGUACGAUCAUGUAGAUUAGUGUUUGACAUACUUGUCUGGGAGUUUAGUAGCUAAUAAUUAUUAUU